AAGCCGAUUGCUCGACAGCCGUUUCCGUCUGCAGUGCUUGAUCGCUCACCUGUCUUAGGUGCAACGUACACGACCGUGCUUCGUACAUGCUUCCGUAUUGGCGAGGCACUCAAUGUCGGCUGCCAAGCCGUCCGCACCAGCAAGAAUGUACUAAUUGAGCUCUAUGCCCGUGUUGCACAAUCAUGGCGCGAAGAGAAGCCAGGCCGGCACCAACACUUCGUCCUACAUGAUCUGUAUCACGACAAGCCACCUUACCUCACUGGCACUUUCGACUUAUGGGACCAGAGCAAGCUGUGGGACCUUGACAGCAGUGCCUUCCUCGUACCGACGCAGGAUGGCACCAUGUGUCGACUUGUCGCACAAAUGCAACGCGAGGACAUGAAGUGGAAGCUCAAGAUCUUCAGUAUCUGGCAGGCUGACUGGGAGGAUGUCGACUCUGUAGCCGGAGUU